GGUGGUGGGGUUUGACAUCACUUUGGCGCCGAAUUGCGCAGCGCGGGUAAUGUGUUUAUGAAAACACGAAGAGUAUUGUAACGUUAAGUUAUACGAUACACCGACCUAUCGCCCGGUUGAAACUUUCCAAAACUCGAAUCAUGCAGCGGAGUAUUGCGUCUUUCUUCCAGCCAAUGAAAGGCAAGGAGAAGAAUGACGGACAGGUGAAGGUGAAAUCAGAGUCUGUGAAGAGCCCACUCAAGCUGCAGAACGGCAACCAGGAAGUGGACUCUCCGGUGAAGAAGCUGAGCAAGCGCAGCCGGCAAAUCCUGGACAGCGAUGAUGAAGAGCAGACGGCCAAUCAGGUCAAAGGAGACGCCAGAGACAAGCCCACCAAGGAGCAGGCAGCCAAUCAGGUCAAAGGAGACGCUGGAGACAAACCCACCAAUGAGCAUGAGUCUGCUCCUGAAGCCACGCCCACCUCUCUGUCGCCAAAGACGCCUGUUUCCCCGGCAACGCCUAUGACCCCAGUGACCCCAGCUGCGUUGGUUGCCUCGGCAACCCCAGUCACCCCCUCCUCCGAGUCCCCCUCUGGGGUUCCCAAGCGCAGGACAGCGAGGAAGCAGUUCCCCAAGAGGAAGUUGGAGAACCGCAGUGAUGGAGAGACAGAGAAGGAGGAGAAAGAAGGAGGGGAGGAGGAGAAGGAGGGAGGACGGGAGAGCAAGAGAGCCAGGACGGAGCAGUCCCAGGAGCGCCUAGACAAAGAGGAGGAGCAGAUGGAGGUGGAGAAUGGAGAUGGACAGAUCACAGAAGACAAGGAGGGAGGAGAGAAGCCCACAGCAGAGGUGAAGAAAGAGAGGGAGGAAGAGGAGGAGGGAAUGAAAGAAGAGAAGAAUGAUGAAAGCCCUGCAGGAAGGAUGAAGGGAGGAGAGAAAGCAGAGGAGAAGAAGAAGAGCUCAAAGAGUCCUGAGACGGAGGAGAGGAUGAAGGGAGGAGAGAAAGCGGAGGAGAAGAGAAGUGGAGAGAGUCCCAGAGCUGUGAAGAAGGGAGAUACGGAGGAGAAGAAGGAGGAGAGGAAGGAGAAGGAGGGGCCAGUGAAGAAGACGGCGGCGUUCAGCAGCUUCUUCACUCCCAAGAAGGCUGCAGUGAAGCUGGAGAAGGUGGAGCAGACUGAGGAAGAGAAGAAGCCCCUCCCCUCUGAGGAGAAGGACCGCCACAGUGCUAAAGGGGCGGAAUCCGUGGACCAGACCCAAUACGAUCCAUCCAGAGCUCACUACCACCCCAUAGACCACGCCUGCUGGGGGCGGGGCCAGAAAGUUCCCUAUCUUGCAGUGGCUCGCACAUUUGAAAAGAUUGAAGAGGAUUCGGGCAGGUUGAGGAACAUUGAGACCUUGUCAAACUUACUGCGUUCAGUCAUCCUACUGUCUCCAGAUGAUCUUCUGUGCUGUGUGUAUCUAUGUCUGAACCAGCUUGGUCCCGCUUACCAGGGCCUGGAGCUGGGCGUGGGGGAGACGGUCCUGAUGAAAGCCGUCGCCCAGGCAACCGGACGACAGCUGGACAAGAUCAAGGCGGAGGCACAGGAGAAAGGUGACCUGGGAUUGGUGGCCGAGAGUUCCCGUAGCAACCAGAGAAUGAUGUUCGCCCCAGCCAAUCUGACCAGCAGGGGCGUGUUCGUCAAGCUGAAGGAGAUCGCCAGCAUGAGCGGCAACUCAGCCAUGAAUAAGAAGAUCGACAUCAUCAAAGGUCUGUUUGUGGCGUGCAGGCACUCUGAAGCCAGAUACAUCAUCAGGUCUUUGGCGGGAAAGCUGCGGAUUGGCUUGGCUGAGCAGAGCGUUCUGGCAGCUCUGAGUCAGGCUGUGUGUCUCACCCCACCUGGGCAAGAAUUCCCUCCGGCAGUGGUGGAUGCUGGGAAGAAGAUGAGCACGGAGAGCCGGAAGUCCUGGCUGGAGGAGAAGGGCCUCAUCCUCAAACAGACCUACUGUGAGAUGCCCAAUUAUGAUGUCAUCAUUCCUGUCCUACUCAAGGAGGGCAUCGACGAGUUGCCCAAUCAGUGCAGGCUUACUCCAGGUGUUCCCCUGAAGCCCAUGCUGGCUCACCCCACUAAAGGAGUUGGGGAGGUGAUGAAGAGGUUUGACGAGGCCGCCUUCACCUGCGAGUACAAGUACGACGGAGAGAGAGCACAGAUCCACAUCCUGGAGAGCGGAGAGGUGCGCAUCUACAGCCGCAACCAGGAAGAUAACACCACCAAGUACCCCGACAUCAUCGCACGCAUCCCGCAGGUGAAGAAGGCGUCGGUCGUGUCGUGUGUGUUGGACUCUGAGGCGGUGGCCUGGGACCGAGAGAAGAAACAGAUCCAACCUUUUCAGGUCCUCACUACCCGCAAGAGGAAGGACGUGGAUGCAGCAGACAUUAAGGUCCAGGUGUGUGUGUACGCCUUCGAUCUGCUCUACCUGAACGGCAAGUCCCUGGUGCGGGAGCCGCUGUGUGCGCGGAGGGCUCUGUUGAGGGAGAGCUUUGAGGAGCAGGAGGGUCAGUUUGUCUUCGCCCGUUCCCUCGACUCACUAAACACCGACGCCAUCGCUGAGUUCCUCGAGCAGUCCGUACGAGACUCUUGUGAGGGACUGAUGGUCAAGACUCUGGAGAGAGACGCCACCUACGAGAUCGCCAAGCGCUCGCACAACUGGCUCAAGCUGAAGAAGGACUACCUGGAGGGUGUGGGCGACACCGUGGACCUGUGUGUGGUGGGGGCGUACCUGGGCAAGGGCAAGAGAGCGGGCGGCUACGGAGGAUUCCUGCUCGCCUGCUACGACGAGGACAAUGAGGAGUUCCAGUCCGUCUGCAAGAUUGGAACUGGUUUCAAGGAUGAGGACUUGGAGCAACAUUACAAUUUCCUAAAGGAACACAUUCUGCCAAAACCCCGCCCCUAUUACCGUGUGGACCAAUCAGCAGAGCCGGAUGUGUGGUUAGACGCUGUGCAAGUGUGGGAAGUGAAAUGUGCCGACCUAUCACUGUCUCCAGUCUACAAAGCUGGGAUGGGAUUGGUGGACCCAGAGAAGGGCAUCUCCCUCCGAUUCCCACGGUUCCUCCGGAUACGAGACGACAAGAAGCCAGAGGAUGCUACCUCAGCAUCUCAGGUGGCUGGUCUGUACAGGCAGCAGCAGCAGAUUCAAAACCAGGGAGACAAAUCAGGCGACCUCGAGGACUACUAUUGAUCUGGCUGGUGAUUGGCUACUCAUGUCAGCUGACCCUCACAGCUCCCUUCUCUCAUUGGCUGUGGCCCUAGUGAUGUCAUAUCCAUGAUGUGUCUAGGUGAAUAAUUGCAAAUGUCCCAACGUGAAUGUCUCUGAUUUUUGUACAUAUUCAUAAUUCCUAAAAUUGUUGAUAAAUGAAACUGAAAUAAAAGAAUGUGUUUUUUUUUUUUA